CUAUGUCCCAGCUCGCCAGCGUGGACUGGGGCACCUGAGUGUCUUCUGUGAGGUGGGACAGCCUGAUCCCCUUGCAGCCCCCGCCGUGGGAAGUCCUGGGGCUGACGGCACCAUCCCAGGGGCUCCAUGGGGUGCACAAGGUCGGACAGCCAGCCCGUACCCCCACGGCCAGACGGUGGGAGGCUGAGCCAGGGCGCUGAUCGCCAGGCAAACGUCUGGCAGGGGCUGUGGGGCAAGAUGAGGCGCUGCAGGCAGGCUGCCAGCCCCCCGGCAGGGUAUACCAGACGGUUAUCUCGGCUCACACAUGCACCCUGUGCAUGGCCAGAUGGGAGCCGGUACGCUCUGGGCUACUGAUUGCCUCGCCGACGGCACCGAGGACGCAGCCUCACGGGCGCUGUUGCAUGAAGCUCAGCCACACCACCUUUGCUCGUUGACGCGCUGGUCGCCCCCGACGGCGACCGCCGGGCUCGGCUCGCCGACCGCACCCCCCGCCGGCACAUUCCCACCGCCCACUCGGGGCACGGUGUGGGGGGACCCCCAGCUCUGCGAUCGCCAGCCCCCCUCCCCGCCCGCUGCGCGGGGCAAGCCAGCAGGGCACCGCUGCUCCGCGGGCAGGAGGGACCCCGGGCUUCGCGACGGACCCCGCCACCGCGGGGACCCCACCGCGCGGGCAGGGGCCGGGGCCGCGGCGUCGGGCAGGGGCAGCCGCCACCAGCCCGCCCGGGCAGCGCCACGAGAGUGGGCGUGGCCUACCCCACGGGAGCCAAUAGAGCGCGGCGGCGGCGAAUAUCAAGGCUAGUCGGGCCAAUAGGGGCGCAGCCAUGCUGUUAACAGCUUAGGGGCGCGGGGCGGCGCAGAGCAGCGCUGCCGCCGCCGCGGGGAGCGGAGCGGUGCCGGGCUCCGCGCACCGUGCUCCCCCAGCCCGCCGCGGUUCCCCGGCCCGCCAUGGCGGCGGCCGUGGACGAGAGCACCCUGCCUUCCAUCUCUACUUUUGCUAACCUGCUGCCGCUGGAGGAGCGGCCCGCCGACAUGCUCCACAGGAUGCUGCAGCAGGACGGCGCCGCCGCCGUCAAGCGGGAGGACGACGACUUGGGCAAGUUCGUGGACUUGGACUUCAUCCUGGCGCACACCAGCAGCGGCGGGCAGGGGCCGCCUGGCCCCAACUACCCCCUGCCCGAGACCCCCGAGAGCUGCGGCACCACCUACGACAGCGACGGCUCCUACCCGACAUCGGGCAAGUUCCCGGCUUCUUACCCCGAGGGCCAGGGCCACAGCUACGUGGCCGAGCUGCUCACCCCGGACCUGCCCGGCCACUGCGACCUGCAACGGAGGGAGUACACGGAGCUGCGGGUGCCCGGCGGCCCCCCCCAACACCCCCCCCAUCACCACCCGCCCCUGCACCCGGCCCUGGCCCGCCCGCUGCCUCUGGACCCUGCGCAGCCCUUCGGGCCCCGCAUCAAGAAGGAGCAGCCGGAGGAGCGCGCCUGCAUGCUGGGGCUGCCUGCCGCCGAGUACCUGGGGCCGGCCGGCGGCGAGCACAAGCCGCGCGUAGCGCCGGUCCCGGGCCGGGGGCCAGUGCCGGGGCCGCCGCUGCCCUACCCGGGCUUCGCCCACGGCCGCCUGGGGCCCCCCGAGGAGCCGCUGCCCGGCGCCGACCCCCACCUCCUGGCCGACCUGCCGCCCCACUACGCCGUGGCCCCGCACCGCUACGCGCCCCACUUCGCCCCCCAGCCGCCGCCGCCGCAGUUUCAUGGACACUUCAGUGUUUUCAGGGAGCCCCUGAAGGGGCCGGGCCCGGGCCCGGCGGGGCUGCCCGGGCUGCUGGUCACGCCGCCCAACUCCCCGGUGCUCGAGUACUUCCCGGCCGGGCCCCCCCCCGAGGACUGCAAGCCCAAGCGCGGCCGCCGCUCGUGGGCGCGCAAGCGGACGGCCACGCACAACUGUGAAUACCCGGGCUGCGGCAAGACCUACACCAAGAGCUCCCACCUCAAGGCGCACAUGCGGACCCACACGGGUGAGAAGCCCUACCACUGCACCUGGGAAGGCUGUGGCUGGAAAUUUGCCCGCUCCGAUGAGCUGACCCGCCACUACCGCAAGCACACAGGGCACCGGCCCUUCCAGUGCCACCUCUGUGAGCGGGCUUUCUCCCGCUCUGACCACCUCGCCCUCCACAUGAAGCGGCACAUGUGAGCGGUGGGCUGUGGCUGGGCUUGGUGUCCUCGGAGCCAGCUCACGGUGUAAAUAGUGUUGGGCCUGGAACGGCACUGGGGAGCAGCCCGGCCGCCCAGCCCUCUCCGCUUGUAGUUGAUAACUAGUUUUUUUUCUCCUGCCCCUGCUGUGAGAGCUGGGCCCAGCUGAGUGGUGGGGAAGGGCUGCUUUGGGGUGUAGAUGGGGAGCAAAGCUGCAAGAAGUGCCUCCAGCCCUUGCCAGGCAUCACCACUCAGCUCCCUGUGCCUGGAGGGUACCACCCCCCCCAGCCAGGUACCCAGUGAGUGGGGGGUGCUGGUGCAGGCAAGGAUCUGUUCCCAGAGCCCCUGGCUUGUAUUUGGCAUCAGCUUAAUUUUUUCCCCUCAAAUACUGGCACCCACCUGGCUCCAGGGACUCUGGUGGCUGACUCUGGCCAGGUUUCGGCCAGAGACCCAUGCCCGCUGGGUGCACGGGUUGUAGUUCUGGGAAGUGGGUUGCUAGUCUUCUCGGUUGUGGCCAUCAGAACAAACCUCCUGACCCAAUAGCCCAGAGUGGACGGGAUAAGGGUGGGACCUGACUGUGGCUCGUGGCUGUAAAGGUUGGCAGGGGGUUGGCAGUGCAGUGUCACCUUGCACAGGAAGCAGGGAUGCUCCUGUUUCCAGCUUGGGACCCCACUGGGCAGUCCAAUCCUGGCCAUUCCCACAGUUUCCUGCUCAGGAGCCUAAAGUGGCUCUUGUCUGCUUUCAUUUGUCUUCUUCCCUUCAGGAUGACACCAGGUACUGCUGCAGCUGCCUUUCCCAUGCUGCUUUUUGAAAUUUAGUGUGUAAAGGACUGAGUCCAGCUAUGAAUGCCCAGGUCUCUGCUAUACUUGAAACUUUUGUAGAGGGGGGAAAAAACUCAAAAGAAAAUGAGUCUUUUUAUGUGCAGCUUCUGCAAAGCAAGUUGUAAAUUAAACAAAGCAGUAAUAUAUAAUGUUUCUGGUUUUUUUAAUAUAUUUUUUUUCUUCCAGCUGGGAACACAGAUGAGUCUCGGCUUUGGGAAGUGCACUGUUCCCGUCUGUGUAUAUUGUUAAUUAACAUUUCUCUGCUUGGGCACGUUAGGUCUCUCGCACCCUGAAAUGUUACUUUUCUUUAUAUGCAAACUGUUGAAAUAUUGUGAUCUGCUGUAUAAUAAAUAAACAAGAUGUAAACAUGAAA